AUGACCGACUUUAACCUCAAUCUUGAUAAGGAGUAUGGUUGUGUUCAAAUGGAUGGGUUUCAUAACGGGGUUGGGACAAAUGAUGAACAUGAGGACAUAGAAGUCAUUGACAAUGAUAGAUGGGAUUCUUUAGAUGAAGGGUCAGAAGAUGAAAGGAAAAGAAGAUUUGUUCUUAAAAAUUUGGCUAAGGAGAAAAGAUGCAGUCUUGGCAAUGUCCAUAAGGCCAAUUUUUAUGUUGGGCAAAAGUUUAAAUCAAAGAAAAAAUUGAAAGAAAAAAUUGACAUGCACGCAUUAGAUACUAGGAGGAAUUUAUAUUAUAAAAAGAAUGACAAGCUUAGACUUCGGGCAUUGUGUAGAGGUGUAGUCCCGAUCAUCAAUUCAAGUGGGGUGGUGGGCCUUAAUACCAAAAAAUAA